AUGGGCGCAACAAGUUCAAAUAGAAAACAUUAUUCAAAUCAAUUAAAUUCAAAUAUUUAUAGUACACCACCUAAAAUAAAUAGUAACGGAAUUCAUAAUCGUCUUAUUCAACUUCAAUGUGAUCCACGUUCGCCCACUGAUGGUAUUUGUCGAACUCCAAUUCAAAUCAAUAGUCAACUGUCAGUCCCAUCUGUUCAAUUAUAUAAUCAUGUUUUGCCUCAUAUUGUUGGUCCAGAUAUAAUUAUAUCUGAUAUUAACAAUGAAAAUAAUCAAGAAAAUGAAAUACGUCAUCGUUCACAACAACUUGAUGUUAUUAAACAUGAUUCUAAACGUUCAAGUGGUAUUGAACCAACAUUAGAUCCAAAUGAAGUAUUAACUGUAUUGAUGGCUAAUAACAAUGGUCAAUUACCACCAUAUCAAUUAUAA